CAGCCCUCUCUUACUUACCAUUAUUUUCUUUUCUUUUUCACAUCCAGUCGUCUCCAGCCUGUCCAUACAAUCGCAUCAACUGCACGAGAACUCCCCUCCUCCUCCCUCCCUUUGACGUUUCAUCCCAUCAUCCGGGAUGGCCGAAAUGGUCUUGAGCUGGGAAGAGAGAGGGAGUAACUCGCUUGUCUGGAAAGAAUGCUUUAUAUUCUGUCUUUUCUUUUGUAUGUUAUGCAAGGGAAUGUAAUCGGGGAACGGGGUCGUGUUUGUUUAGGCUGCUUUGUUGUUCGGGAAGAGGGAGUUUUUGGGCGCAUACAUAUGCAAGAUCGUUCGAGUCAUUCGCCUUAUCUGGUGCUUCGUCUGGAUCUAUUAUUAGUCAUAUCUGAUGAGUCUUUGCUUGUUCAAUAUUCACGAAAUGCAGAGAUUAGGAACCAAAUAGGAAUAUGAAUGGAACAGAAUAGCCAGUGACAUGAAGGAGUGUCUCA